AUAUCCGGUAGGUGGGGCCGUGCAGCUGUAAGUUACAGGAGUAGAGGAAUUGAUCCCGGGUGAAAGAAUUAUGUUUUAAUCGAUUAUAAGCGUGAAUUAAGCACAAGGUUCUUCGGAGACCUAACUUGCAUCGUCUACUCUGCUGGAAACACUCAAGUCAUGGCAGCGAAUAAGAAUAAAAAUCAAAGUUCCCUUGUGCUGCACAAGGUCAUCAUGGUGGGCAGCGGCGGUGUUGGAAAGUCUGCCCUCACGCUGCAGUUCAUGUAUGAUGAGUUUGUGGAGGACUAUGAACCCACCAAGGCUGACAGUUACAGAAAGAAGGUGGUCCUGGAUGGAGAGGAGGUACAGAUAGAUAUUCUAGAUACGGCAGGGCAGGAGGAUUACGCCGCUAUCCGAGAUAACUACUUCCGCAGCGGAGAAGGGUUUCUUCUGCUGUUCUCCAUCACCGAGUCUGAAUCCUUCAGCGCUACUUCAGACUUCAGAGAGCAGAUCCUGAGAGUGAAAGCGGAAGAAGAUAAAGUGCCUCUGUUAUUGGUGGGAAAUAAGUCGGAUCUGGAGGACAGACGGCAGGUGUCUGCAGACGAAGCUCGAGCAAAAGCAGACGAGUGGUCGGUCCAGUAUGUGGAAACAUCAGCCAAGACUCGAGCAAAUGUUGAUAAGGUGUUCUUUGAUCUGAUGCGGGAGGUGAGGGCUAAAAAGAUGUCCGAGACUAAAGAGAAGAACGGAAAGAAAAGUGGCAAGAAGAAGAAGAGUCUGAAGGAGAGAUGUGUGCUCCUCUGAGACGCUCAAACUCUUGAUUCUCACUUCAAGUUUUCCAAACUGAGCCGAUGGUAUGGACCACGAGGAGACCGCUUCUGUCUCCUCCGUCAUUCUUGUUGCCAAGUACAAUCAAAGCAGAAGAUGUGAUGCGCUGCUGCUGUCAUAAUCUACCCGCAGAACUCUUCAACACAUUUGAAAUGUUCCUCAGGGCUUCCAGCGUGUCAGUCACUAAACAUUCUGGAAUAUUCAGACCGUGUCACAUUUCUAAUGUCAGCUUCACACUCAUCCGUUAUUGAAAUGGAGGCUGUUGGUACCAGCCCACGAACACAAGGAAUAUUUCUUCUUCUUCUUUUUAGUAGCCUGUGAAACACAAACUGAAUGAUUAAAUUGGUCCCGAUGUAAAUAACAUACGUUGUUUCACGAGAAACAUUGCUCUGCUUGUGUUUCAUGAAUCUAUUCUUUUUGUACCUUGAAAUGACCACUAGCACAUUCGCUUUUUAUUUCAUAUACUCUAUUUAAUCUUCAUGGAGCAAUAUUGAAUGCAUGCAUUAUUGUGUAUUCUUUUAAAAGCAAUAAUGCAUUGUUGUGUAUUGAGAGAUAAGAUUUGAUAAAAGCUGCGUCAUUGAAAGAAAUACAUUCGUGUUGAUUAAACAAUGGUGAUUCACUAUUAUUCCAAAACAAAGUUCAGAUGAGCAUAUUUUUGUAAUCAGAUCGCUUAUCUGUGUGUCGGUUUCACUGAUUUUUCUACCAAAUAAACCUCUGAAUUUUGU